CGGUUUCUCUGGGUUUUAGCUAGAUUUGUUGAGCUUCAGGUUCAGACAUGAAUGCAUGAUUGGUGCUUCUUUAGUCUUUAACUUUCUUCUUCGUCUUCACCGUCCAAGAGACACUUUCCAUGUCCAACCACCAGAAUAAUUGAAUCGCUUUGGAUCUGAUAAUAACAAACCAGUGAAAAAAGCAGUUAUGUUCUUCCUGUUAGUAGAAUUUCCUUGUUAUCGUUUGAUCAUGUAAAGAUAACCCAGAGAUUCUGAGAAAAUGAGUGUUUCUCUCACUGUAACGACCUUCAAUCUUCACGAUGAUCAACCAGAAGGUAGUCCAAAUUCAUGGGAAAAAAGGAGAGAUCUGUGUAUAAGCGUCAUUACCAGCUAUUCCCCCAUGAUUCUCUGCAUUCAACAAGGUGUGAAGUCUCAGUUGGAGUUUCUUCAGCAGGGUUUACCCGGUUAUGACCAAUUUGGGAUUUCAAGAAAAGGAUCCGAGGACACUACGGAUGAGCAUUGCACCAUUUUCUAUGACAAGGAGAAGGUAGAGUUCCUAGAAGGUGGAACCUUUUGGUUGUCAGAGUCUCCCUCUGUUCCUGGAAGCACGUCAUGGGGAUCAGUUGUUCCAUGUGUUGCAACUUGGGCGACGUUUCAACUCAAAGGAAUUGAGCCACCAGGUUUUUCUUUCCAAAUAGUAAACACAAACAUGGAUGAGUUUAGUCCUCGUGCCCGUAGACGAAGUGCUUUGCUCACAUGGCAACACAUAGCGUCCUUACCUCCUGGCUUGCCAGUUGUAUACUGUGGAGGAUUUAACUCACAGAAGGAAUCAACCACAGGACGCUUUCUGCUUGGGAGAUCUAGAGAGCAUGGUGUCGUCGGUGAUAUGAGGGAUGCAUGGCCCAAUGCUCGGGUGAGGAAAAAUGUCUCCUUGAUACGCACAUACCAUGGAUUCAAAGGUGAUAAACAGGGAGCUAUCGAAUUCUUCAAGUUAAUGUUCAGAGCACUUUGCCUCUGCUGGGAUCGGCAAACUCAGGAUCUGCACAUAGAUUGGGUCCUUUACAGAGGUCGAUCAUUGAUUCCAGUAUCCUGUGAGGUGGUAAAUGAUAACAUUGAUGGCUUCUACCCGUCCUCUCACUAUCCAAUACAUGCCGAGUUUAUGCUUCCCCGUAAUUUGAGGUUACUUGAUGCACCUGCUCAGGAUGGAAACUAAGUGCUGAUGUCUUUUUGAUUAUUGCUAUGAUAUGGAUUGGUAUUUCAUGUACACUAGUCUUGUUUAUUGCAUUCACAUGGUAAAGUUGAUAUAUGAAGAUUU